GCCGAAACGUAGCGCCGUUGGCAGCGCUGCGUAUGUUCAGUGCCGUAUCCGCUGCGGUGGGGAGAGGUUGUGCUAGCAACUUGUGCCAUAAUAUCCCCUCUGUUAAUCUCGAACCCCAAGAAAAUAAAGUGAUAUAGUUAUCGCACAAAAGUGUAUGUGAUACUCCGAGGCCGCUGGUGCUUCUAGGAUUUGAUACAGACGCACAACACGGGUGCUUCCAUAAACACCACCACGCAGCAAGUGUGGGCUUGUGGGUGGUGUUAACACGACUCUCCACACCGAGGAAUAUUGAGUUCGAGUGCGUGUGGGUGCGAGCUAACGCAGCACUCGGAAAAAAAGGAGGGAAGGGUGUGAGGAACACGAAAUCUUGUGAUAUUUUUUUGCGAGCGAGUGAAGUCCACACAAACCGCCAUUCAAGAUGAUGGCGGACGGUCAGCUGAUCGGUGACGGGUCGUGGGAGCUGCACGUCACCGUGACCGACUUGCAGGUGGAGCGGAUCCUGAGGGUGAAGAGCGACCUCCACAUCGGCGGAGUCAUGCUCCGGCUCGUCGAGGAACUGGACAUAGCAGUUGACUGGUCAGACCAUGCCUUAUGGUGGCCCAAGAAGAACGUGUGGCUGACCCACACCAGGUCAACACUAGACCAGUAUGGAGUUGGGGCAGCGGCACAGUUGGAGUUCACGCCCAUGCACAAGAACCUCCGCGUACAGCUCCCAGACCUUCGUUACAUGGAUUUCAGAGUGGAUUUCUCCAUCAAGACUUUCAAUGCUGUUGUCCAGCUCUGCAAACAGCUUGGAAUCCGUUACCCUGAGGAGCUGUCCUUCUGCAAACCAAUCACCCAAGAUAACCUCAAAUACAAUUACUCAGAGAAGAUGAUUAAGAAGAAAAGCACAGCGGCCACAAAGAAUGGCACCCCUGCUGACACUAACUCCUUCAUCGCCAACCAGUCGCACAACUCGAGCAAUGGCUCCCUGGACCGCUCAGCUGCCUCUCACCACAUGCCAAACUCCCCCACCAGGACACCCAUUGGAUCACCGACUGGCACCUGGAGAUUUAACAGCAAUGGGGUUGGCAGCCUGAACAACACAAUCGACAGUAUUGAUGGCUCCGACGAAUUUGUGGCUUCCCUUGCCAACUCUCCCAUUCAUCCUUCAGAGGAGGCACGCAAUAGGCUGGUCAGGCCCAAAUCCCUUCUGGAGAGAGCAAGGAUGAAUGUAGCCUGGCUUGACUCCUCCCUCUCUAUCAUGGAACAAGGAGUUCGAGAGUUUGACACUCUCCUCCUCCGCUUCAAGUUCUUCUCCUUCUAUGACCUCAACCCUAAAUACGAUUCUGUGCGUAUCAACCUCAUCUUUGAGCAGGCUAAGUGGGCCAUCAUGAAUGAAGAAAUCGACUGCACUGAAGAAGAAAUGCUCAUGUUUGCAGCUCUGCAGCUCCAAGUAAACCUGCAAGUCAAUCAACCACAGCCAGACAUGAACAGUGGAGGUGAGGAUGACAUCGACCGUGCACUCAGUGAACUUCAGAUGUCAUUGGAGGGCUCCCAUGUGUCCUCCACUCCAGCCGACAUCAUGCACAUCCCAGAACUUGCAGACUACCUCAAAUUUAUGAAGCCACGUCGUUUCACACUGAAGGGCUUCAAGCAGUAUUGGUUCACAUGCAAGGACAUGAACCUCUGUUAUUACAAGACCAGUGAUGGCACCAAUGAGGACCCCAUUGAGAGGAUCAGUCUGAGAGGAUGUGAGGUUACCCCCGACGUGAAUAUUUCACAGCAGCGCUAUGGUAUCAAGCUGGAAGUGCCAGCCUCAGAUGGCAUGACAGAUUACCUUAUCAGAUGUUCUUCAGAGGAACAAUACGCGAGAUGGAUGGCUGCCAUGCGCCUGGCGUCCAAGGGAAAAUCACUCGCAGACUCUUCUUAUGACAGUGAGGUCAAGUCUAUCCUGGCAUUCCUGUCUAUGCAGCACCCAGCACCUGCUCCUGUCAUCAAUCCAGAGAGCCUAGACAUCCAGCCAGAGCUUUACCUAGCACCUAGGUUUGUGCGUCGCAUAAGAGGCAAGGGGGGCUGGUGUGCUGGCCCAUUACCUGACAAUAUGGCAGUGCAGCGCAUUCUGGAAGCUCAUGCCAAUGUUAAGGACCUGCCACUGACAGAAGCCAAGCUGCAGUACAUCCGGGCAUGGCAAGCUCUGCCCGAGUAUGGCAUUGCACUCUUCUUGGUGAAGCACAUGGGACACAAGCGUGAGGAGUUGCUAGGUGUGGCCUUCAACAGAAUAAUGAGGAUGGAGCCUAACACAGGUGACCACAUCAAGACUUGGCGUUAUAACACCAUGAAGGCUUGGAAUGUCAACUGGGAAACAAGACAUAUGAUGAUCCAGUUUGAAGAGGAGAAUGUGGUGUUCUCUUGCUUGACUGCUGAUUGCAAGGUGGUUCACGAGUUCAUUGGUGGAUAUAUUUUCCUCUCCAUGAGGACGAAAGAUGCAAACCAGAACCUGAAUGAUGAGCUUUUCCACAAACUGACGGGAGGUUGGGUCUGAAGAGGAAGGUAGACACUCUUCUUACACUCUUAGAAGUUGGCUCAAUGCCAUAUCAUUUUAGCUUUUUUUCUCUGAUCUUUAUAUACCAAUGGUCAUUUAAAACUUGUAUGUUAUGUGUAACUGCAGGAAUGGCUGCUUAGCUAAUCAUUGCAAAAAAAUGAGUAUUGGCUUGAUGCCAGGAAAGUUGCAGAAAUGGUAUAAUUUUUAUUAAUUAUUAGCAUUUUCUUAGGAAGAAAUGAGUUGACAUGCAUAAAUCCAUAAAAAAAUAGAAAGUUCAAAGUAAUGAGCUUUUUUUGAAAUGUGUAGAUCAUAAAGAGCACAAUUUUAGCCUUAGAAUUCUUCCAGUUUGGCAGUGGCAGCAGAUUUUGCCAGUUUUUAUAUACAAGUUAAGUCGUUGCCACAAAGUCCCUACCACAAUAUAUAGUGAUAAGUGUUCAUACCAAACUGUAAAUUGGUAAGACAAAGGCGUGAGAGUGAUGCUGUAAGUGUGACUGUGUAGCAUGGAAUUUCCCUCUCCAAUCUUCAAGUAAAGAAUGAAAUAUCCCGAGCGUGAAAGUAAGUCAAUUGUUGUAGGUUAGAAAUCAUAUAAAGAAAAAGUUCUUCCAUGAAACAGUAUUGAUACUGAAAUGGUUAUUCUGGUUUUGUUUUGUUUUUUUAUGAAUGACUAAUAUAAUAGACCUGGGUGAAAGUGGGUAGUUUCAUAGCAUACAUAUAGGGUGUUCUGCCAUCCAUUAUAAACUUUAAAAGAAUAUCUGCAAGAGAAGGAAGCCUGGUCAUGAUUUAAGCUGCACAUUGAGAAUAGAGUACCGUGCCAACAUGUCAGACUUUGAGAUAAUCGAGAGUAACAGAGUACUCAGCAGGGUCAAUUUGGUACUGCUAUGGUUGGGUACAGGUAGACCGAGACCUAAUUUGUACACUACCCACCUUCUGUAGUUAUGUUGCUGAUAUUUAUGCUUGUUGAAAUUUUAUAAGGAAUAUUAUAUAAAGUGUUAAGAAAAGAAUCAUAAUUAUUUUGAGAUUCUAUAAAAAGUCAUAGUUACAAGAACUGAUAUGUAUGAUUUUUUGUAUGCUGAAGCUUUAUUAUACUAUGCACAUUAUUUAAGCGUUCUUUUGAUCAUAGUUCUGGAUCCCAUUGUGAAUGUUCAGUGUUCCUUCAUGAAAGAUUUGUCAUAAUUGUGGAGAAUAAAUUUUAAUUCAGACAUUGCAUAAUAAUAGUUAGAUAUGCCAAGCUUUCUCAGUAGAAUGUUAUGGUGAGACUAGUAAGAUAAAAAAUAUAUUGCUUAAUAUAUACAGAGGCUGUUGCUUGCUAAUUAAGUAUUCACAUAGGUUAGAUAGUCGAGAUGUACUGUAUGGACAGUUGCAAUGUGAAGACUAAGGGAAGGUGUCAAUUGCAGAUCUUAUUUGAACGUUUCCUAUGCUCAAAGUCAUAGACAAUCAGAACUGUAGGUUGGUCUGCGCUUACCUUUAAAAAGUGGUGAUGAGGUGUUGAACUUACAUGAAAGUCAAGGACCUUUGAAAGAGACCUCAAAAGGCUUAACCUUGCUUGUCAUUUUUUACUAUAAUUUUGUUAUUAUUUUUGUUAUUUAGUUGAGCAUAAAAAUAAUUACUUAUUCUGGUAUGCAGUGCAGGUAAAGAGGUGAUGUGGUGUAACUGAUACAAGUUCCUGAAAGCCAUAUGGAAUUACCAUUUCUUUUUUUUCAUAUAUUUCUCAAUGUGUAAUCACAGUAAAAGAAAAAAGUACGAUUCUGCUAUGAAGUGCUGGUAAAGGUUAGUUUGAACUAGAAAUGAAGUAUAUUUAGAGUUGGCAAAGGCUUAUUGGAAUAAUUUGUAGGACAUCUUUUAACCAAAUUUAAAGUUGAUCUUCCAAUUGUAGAUUUCUUUAAUUCUGUUUUAUUUUGUUUUUUAAAACUCAUAUAAGGCAUGAAGUACUUUGCUGUUAGAAUAUUUGCUUUUAGUGCACAAUGAUUUUUGCAAUGAAAGUGUUUAGAAUCGCAGGGAUAUGUUGGUGUUCAUGUGUAUUUGGUCAGAACUGUAAACCUUUACACUAAAGUGAAGUAAAAAAAGAAAGAAAGAAAAAAAAAAAACAUGUAUGUGGUUGUGUAUAUACAGUAUACAUAAUCACAUACACGCACAUGUAUAUACAUAUAUUUGCAUACAUAAUGUAUAUAUACUGGUACAUAUGAUACAAGAAAUUCCCCGUCUGAUGGUACUAUGUAAUGAUCGAAGAUAAAGCAGAUUAUGUCCAGCUCUAAUGAUGUCUGCCAACAUGUAGCCUUAUAAAUGGUGCCUAAUUAUGCAUUUAAUGUUGAUAGAUAUUAUAUGUGUAUCUCACUUGACCUUUUAAAUUGUUCAUAUUUGUUUAUCCUUUAAAUUUUAUAUGUAUUCUUAACACAUUACCAACAAAAGGGUUGUUAUUUUUUUAAAGUGUGAAGCUACCAAACUAAUUAUUAACCUUCCUUGGACAAAUUUAUAUUAUUCUGGGAAACAUAGAAUACGAGAGAGACCGAAGGCAGAAUUAUUGUUAUAUAACCAGAAAAUUUGCUAUUGCGAAUUUGUAGUCAUAUUUAUGUAAUUUUAGGUCAGCUCAAUUUAUCCUUAUUUAUCAGCAAGCAUAAGUAAUAAAGUGGGAUGGCAUUUGUCAUUGUGUGGAGGGUUAUUGAAAAAAUGGCUCUAGUUGGGAAAUAAACUAUAUAACAGUUGUUGGCUUUAUCAGUUUCAGGAUAACUAAUAUAUGUCAAAUCCCACAGAAAUGGAGAUAUUCAGGAUCCCUCAUCCCAUAUAUUUUAAAGGAAAUGCAGCUGGUGACAUCUUUCUCUCCCAUAUAAUCUUCCCUAAUAACGAAGUUUACCAGUCAUUCCUUUUUUUGUGUCUAUUUUGUUAUAUUCUUUCUCAUCCCAGUCUCCUUGGUUAGAUGCGAGUCAUGAUUCCAACUUCGUCUCUCUCAUGUUAUAAGUUAUUUAUCAUUGAUUUGUCAUUUUUAAAAUACAGAAUGGGAAAAAUACACAAAAGCAAGGAUAUAGUGUGAGAAUGAACACAAGUUAAUGAUGAUAAGGUAAAAAUCACAGCAGUCAAACUUGUUCAAGACAGCCACCUAUGGGACCUGAUGAAAACUAGUAUUGCACAGAGGUGACUGUCUGAAACAGGUUUACUCUGUGACAGAUCUGUUAAGAACUGCCCGUCUCUUGGGAGACAGAGCAAGCUAGUUAUGCUUUUUUCUUCUCUUGAAUAUUAAUAGAUCAAAUUAGAAUGAUAGAAUGCAUGGGCUUUUUUUCAUAAUGAAAAGUGAAUAGUUUAAGGAAUCUCAGCAUGAUAACAUAAUUCUUCCAUAAAUUUAAUGAACUUUCAGAUAUGGCAAAGAAAAUCUGAUUGGGAGAAGUCUACUUGUUGAACAUUUACAAAGAUUUAUGGCACUAUGUGGUUAAGAGUUUUAAUCCAGAGAAAAAUAUCCCAUAGUAGGAACCCUUUGAGAGAUAGUAUUAGUUUUGUGUUAGUCCACUUCAGAGAACUACUAUGAAACCUUAUCCAAGGGAUAGCAUUAAGAUUCUGCAUACCUCACAGUGUAACCUUGUCUUCCUAUAUAAUCUGACAUCCAUUCCCUUCCUCUUUGACCCACCUGAGAAGUGUUUUAGAUUUGUAUGUAAAUAACCCAAAUGUAUGACUGACUGUAAAUAUACUUUUAAUUGUUUUUUCUCUGCUCAUUUUUGUUGUCUUAAAAAAAAAUUAGCUUCACUUUUACAUGCAUCUUUCCCAAUGUAGUGAUGUGGUUGGUCCUUGUAACAGGAAAAUGCAUUGCUGAUUAAUUUACCAAAUAUAUGUGAUACCCAGUA